AUGCUAUUAAUAGUCAGUUCAUUUUGUUCGGGUGAUGUCUUCGAUAAUGGUCGACAAAAAUAUGAACAAAUUUUAUCAUUAUCAUCAUCAUCAACAACAUCAACUUGUUGGCAAAAAGUAUUAAUAAUGUUACAAAAAUAUUGUUCAAUUGAUGAACUCGAUAAAUAUCAAUCAACAAUAGCUUAUCAAUUUACUCUUUGUCAUUUAUCUACAAUGAAUGAUGAUCUAUCAAAUAUUCUUUGUCUUCAAAAUAAUAUUGAAUUAUGUGUGGAAAAUCUUCAUCAACAUAUGAAUGCAUUUAUUGCCUAUACUGAAUUUUAUCCAUUUGUUCAAAGUGUUUGUUAUGUUCUUCGACAAAAAUCUUAUCAAUCUGAACUUACAUCACGUUUAACAAUAUUUCUUAAUAAUUCACAAGAAACAAUAACUAAAUUAAUUUCAUCUAUUCAUUUACAACAUCAAUUAACAGAUAGAAUAAAGUAUCAACAAUAUAUUCAAGAAACAAUUGUUAAUAAUGCUAUUAAACUUAAACAAUUAGCUCGAACAAAUAUGGAUAAAACACAAGAUAUUCUCAAUAAUGUUAUCGAAGCUGCUCGUCAUGAAUAUAAUUUACUUCAACAAAUUUGUGCUCUAUCUCAAACAAUUCAAACAGUAGUACGAAUAACUUGUACAUAUUCAUUUUGGUUUUAUGCUCUAUCAAUGUUUACUAUUUACAUAAUGACUAUUCCAAAACGAACAAAUCGAGCAAGAUCUUUUUUAUUUUGUGGUAUGUUUAUUUAUGUUCUUAUUGAACGUUAUUAUCAAAUGUCGUCGAUAAUAAACUCUUAUCAAUGGCGUUCGAUUUCUUGGACUUGUUGUUUAUUAAUUCUUAUUCAUUUUGCUUAUAAAUAUCAAAGUCGAAAAGAAAUUCAUAAUGAACAACUUUGUCGUCUAAAUGAUAAUCUCAUUCAAACAGAAGCGACAUUUCAUCGUGUAUCAAGAGAAUUAAAACGAGCUCGUUCAAAAUCUCGUUCACGUUCACGCUCUAUUCGAUUAAGACAACGAGAAAAUAAAAACAUUUCUUCAUUAAUUCAACAUAAAACUCAAUUUAUUGAUCAUACUGAAAAUAAAGAAAAUAUCCAACAAGAUAAUUUGAUUGACGAUGAAGAUGAUCAAUCAUUUUUAAAUCAUACAAAUAAACGUCAUUUUAGUCUUCUUGUUCCACGAUCAUCAAAAUCAACACGAAUUUUGUUGGCAUCAAAACAGAUCAAUACCAAUAUAUAA